AACUGGCGCCUCAUCCCCAGGCACACCAGGCUCCUGUAGCCCCCGAGGCCCACCAGGCUCCUGUGGCCCCUGAGGCCCACCAGGCUCCAGCGGCCCCCGAGGUCCCAGCACCAGCGGCCUCCGAGGCCCCAGCACCAGCGCCCCCCGAGGCCCCAGCACCAGAGGCCCCCGCACCAGCGCCCCCCGAGGCCCCAGCACCAGAGGCCCCCGAGGCCCCGGACACUCCCCCCCUUCAUUCCUCCCAGUUUCCCCCCAGUUUCCCCCCAGGCCCUUGUGUUCUCCCCCCAGGCCCCGGACUCCCCCCAGGCCAAGCGCUGGGCACCAGGUUCUCCUGCAGACGAGGGACCAUCACGCCGGUCAAUGCAGGAGAACCUGGAUAACAUCAAGGCCCAGUUGGCCCAGCUCCGGGGGGAAAUGGAUGAACUUAGGAGGGACAUUCGAGAACUCAAGGGCAGCAAGCCCUAA